GUGUCCUCCACAAAUCCCUCUUUUAACCGCCAAAAAAGAAACCACCUACUCUUCCAUUAACAUUAACUCCUCUCUUCUUCUCCUUCUUCCUCUGAUCUAAACAAAAAAUGGUGGAAGAAGAUCGGAUAACGUUAGCUCCGACGACGAUCUAUGGCCGGAGCGAUGAAGAACAGAGCGGACCAAGAACCUGGCGUCGGAAAACAGAGGAACCUCCAGGGAAAUGUCUAGUCUAUUCAUUAACAAUAAUCGUCAUCAUCUUCGCACUUUGUCUCAUCCUCUCUUCAAUCUUUCUCCGGAUUUCAAAACCAGAGAUUGAAACAAGAUCAAUAUCGACUCGAGAUCUUCGAUUUGGUGGUAAUUCAACAAACCCUUACUUCAACGUCACGCUAGUAAGUGAUAUCUCGAUCAGAAACUCGAAUUUUGGCGCAUUUGAAUUUGAGGAUAGUUCGUUACGUGUUGUUUACGCUGAUCAUGGUGUUGUGGGAGAGACCAAGAUUGAAGGGAGAAGAGUUGAAGCUCAUAAGACGGUUAGGAUAACCGAUGUUGUGGUUGAGAUCGGUUCGUUUCGGUUAUUGAAUACUAAGGAUUUGGAUUCGGAUUUGAGAUUAGGGUUUUUGGAAUUGAGAAGUGUUGCUGAGGUUAGAGGAAGGAUUAAGGUUUUGGGAAGGAGGAGAUGGAAAGGUAAUGGAACUGUGUCUGGCAUAUUAUUUGAUACAACGGGGAUUAACGAAGUGACAAUAAGCAAGAGAGCCCUUAGAAGAAUGAGUAAUCUUCGUUUCCUCAGUGUUUACAAAAGCAGAGGUGAUGGGAAUGAUAGAAUGGAUAUACCUGAGGAGAUGGAGUUCCCACCACUCCUAAGGUUACUACAUUGGGAUGCAUACCCAAGUAAAAGUCUUCCUCUUAGAUUUCGCGCGGAAAAUCUAGUCGAACUCGAUAUGCAAAAUAGCCAGCUCGAGUACCUCUGGCAAGGAACUCAGUCGUUUCUUGACGGCUCGGCAUGCUUCCAUGGAAGCUCAAUGCCUAGUGAGUUCAAUCACAGAGCCAGAGGUAAUUCCUUGAACAUUCUUCUUACAUCUUCUGCAUCCUCCACGUUUAAGGCUUGCGUGGUGAUUUCGCCUAACCAUCGCCAACACCCAAGAGAUUGCAGAAUUGUUGAACUAUGGUGUCGUAUCAUAGACAACAGGGGAUGGUAUAUUUACACUAAAUUUGUUUCCUUGCGACACCCUGAGAAAUCUACGGGACUUCGAACGAAACAUCUGUGUAUAUUUCAUGGUAUCGUGCCUGAAGUUAGUAGCGAGGCAGUGUGUGAAUUCUAUAUCAGCUCCAAAGACCCAUCGGACAACUACAAGAUUACUGAAUGUGGUGUACAAAUCUUGACGAACGAAACGGAGAGAAGCAGCGACAACAGGGGCAGUGAAGAUUACGAAAAAUCGAGCUACGAGGUUGAUUACGAUAACUUGAGCUACACGGUUGAUUACGAUAACUCGAGGUAUGAGUUUGAUGAUUUUAACGACGUGUUGGAAGACUCUGAAGAUGGACUAAUCAGCUGUGACUCGGAAUCAGACGACGCGUCCGAUGAACAAGGCACUCUCUCGUACAUGCGGUGUUGACUUUUGUGAUCCGGUUUGAGAAGACUUCUUUGUUCGUUGGUGGGUGUUUUGUGCUUUUGCGAUUUUGUAAUUUCAAUGGUCUUUGUUUGUAUAUGAAGCAAAUACUAGUAUCAAAGUUUUAAUGGGUGUUAAUUUUGAUGUGAACUGUAUAGAGUUGAAUUAAAUAAGACAUUUCUCA